UACCAAGUGGUCGGUGUUUUGCUUAUCGCUUUCGUUAUGAGUACUGACACUGCUGUCAGAAUUCUUAUUUAGAUCGUGAUUUUUGUUGUAAUUGAGGCUACUGUGGCCCUCAUAUUUAGAUAAUUAUAUCCAAAGUAUACCUAGUAAUGGCAUAUCAGUUUGCUGGGGUUAAUUUGAUCCGGAUUAUUGAGCGUGUGGAGAGGCAAAGAUUCAAUGCCGAUGAUCCGUUCGAAUUCUCUGACUUUAAUUUUGUGAAAUUAUAUCGUCUGCGAAAACAGGACGUGCAAAAUUUGGAAGAAAUGUUACAGCCAUUUUUACCAGUACAUCCUAGAUCGCACGCGAUAAGUAAUCGCACGAAGAUACUGUCUGCCUUGCGUUUCUUUGCAAGUGGAAGCUACCAGCUGGAUGUAGGCAGAAAUCAUACAGUAACUCUCAGCCAGCCAUCGAUUUCAAGAACUUUACAUGAGGUGUUGGGAGCAUUCAACACUCCAGAAAUAUUGAAUAGAUAUGUCCAUUUUCCAAACACAAUUCAAGAGUUAACCAACACCAGAGAAAGAUUUUUCGCAAAGUACCAGGUACCUGGAAUUAUAGGCUGUAUUGAUUGCACUCACAUAGGUAUUGUGUGCCCAAUCGAAAAUGAACAUAUAUAUAUCAAUAGGAAACAUUACCAUUCCCUCAAUGUACAGAUGAUUACAACUGAAAUUUUGCACCAAAGUCAACCUGCAUACUUGACACUUGUUUAUUGCAGAUAUGUGAUGAAAAUUUGAAAAUAAUGAACGUAAACAGUCGCUUUCCUGGCAGCACCCAUGAUAGUUUUAUAUGGAGUCAGUCACGAGUCGGGGAAUUUUUGAGAACAUU